AGCAAAUGGUAAUCAGGAGGCCUAAAGGGAUUGCUUGGAAUAGAGAUGUCAGCCAAACAACUACGUCAUGAUGCAAAGGGCCGAACUCGUAUCCUCCCCAUCUCAACGGGGGUUGGCUUCUCUCUGAUUUAAUGGGCGCUUACCCCUCCUAACCCUACUUCUGCUCCGCCCUACCAACAAUAUGUUUAUCUUGGCAAAGUUCGAAUCUCUAGUGAAUCUUGAUCAUCUCCUGGUCUGAAAGUAUACUAGUAUUCCCACUUGCGUCCAUAAAUCUCACGUAGGCUGGGACAUGCCGCACGAUAGCGUGUACUAUCGGCUGCGAAUGUGGGUAUCUCCGGAGUACGUGCUGGAAACCUUUUGUGUGUGUUACCAAGUAUCGUUUGUUUCUUCCCUGUCGAUCUUGAUAUCGAACUCCGAGCGGUGCGACGUUUCUGUUUCUGCCGUCCGGAACGUUUCUAUAUAACUCACGCAUGACACAUAUUGGCGGCCUGAUUGGUAUUCUCGGUCGUCUGGGCGUGUUUCAUUUGGCUCGAACCAUCGGGAUCCCGCAUGGCUCGUUGUACCAACACGUGUUGGAUGGUCGCUCGUCGACACGUAGGCUAUCUCUAUUCCCAUAUAAGCCGGCCUCAUCAUACCGUGAGCUGCGCGCUAGAGGCGUAUAUGGAAUGUCUCGGCCAACGGAUAGGUACAUAGAUUAUGACUCGAGAGCCGCUGGCGAAUCAGAUACAUGGAACACUGGGUACUAGUGGGGUACUGAUGAAGAAAUCCGGUAAUACAUAGUGCUCCGGGUUAACACACGGGGUACUGUUUUGCGAUCGAUCAGGAAAUUUUUUCAGAAUAGGAUAACAGGAGGGUUUGUCAGGUACCCAGUGGCGAAGCUAGGACUACCUAGGCCAAGGGCAGACAGCAGCGCAGUUGGGGGGGGAAAGGGCAGUGACUGUAUCGACAGUACUAAUAAAUUGAAUUACACCCGUCUCGGUCUGUCUCAUGCCGUACUGGAUGCGUUCGCAUGUCGGACGGAGCAACCGAGUCAUAGUCUAUUACUUAAGCAGAUAUAUAAGGCGUGGCAGUCAGCCUA